AUGACCAAGCAUGACAAGAAGCCCAACACAAUGGGCAACGCAGCUAUCAACGGAUUAGAAGCCCUCCGCAACAGAAGGGAUGCCUGCCUUAAGGCCAAAAAUCCCGAUUCUGCGGAAAUCAAAGAGGUCACAAAGAUGAUCAGGAAUUUGGAAAAAAAGGCCUCCAAAAACGCUGAACCAAAGCGUAGCACCAAGGAAGCUAUGAGACUGGCCACGAAAGGGGCCGACACGGCUAGCAAAGCCGAGGCCAAAGAGGCCAAAAAGGCCAAAAAGGCCUACAAGGCCAAAGCUGCCAAAUAA